GUUCGUUGCAGGGGUCCCAAGCGCCCAGGGCUCUGACGAUCAGGGCAUCCAUGCUACAUGGUUGAUCAGUUGGCGAGAGCUAAUGGGACAAAUGCCCACUUUUGUCAAAAAGGUUGGGUGCAGUGUGGAGGAACGUGCAGGGGGGUGCGGUGAUGCCAGCCCCACACGGAGGACGGGGAGGCAGUGCUCGCACAAGGGGCGGGCAGGGCUGGAGCGACUGCAGAGGGGCUCCGGCCAGCCCCACACAGUGUCCAGUUUCCCCUUUGGGAAAUAUGGUCACCCUAACUGGAAGCCAGGAGUCAGCUCUGUGUUCUGGUUGGGGAGGCAGGUAGGGUUGCUAAGGAAUUCGCCCUCUGAUGGUCCUGUAGAGUGAAACUCAGGGGCAGGGGCAGUGAGUUGUAUUCCCUUGUGGUGCCCGGGCUCCAGCAAUAUUCAGAGCUGGGGGCCCUGCUCCACCAAUGUUUGGAGCUGGGUCUCUCCCCCGGCCCUGCCUGGAGCGGCCCCUGGAGCAGCCCCCACCUGCCCCGCCCCGGAGCGUCCCGGCCUGAGUGAAAGCAGCGCGGCUCUCCCUGGCCUCCGCUGCCGGUGGCUACAGCACCGCACAAGAGGCCAGCGGCAAGCCAAGGCAGCUGCGGCUACUACUGCACUUCGGGAGCGGGAAGAGGUUCACACGGGCUUGGCAGCCCUCUCCUCCCCCGGCACCAGACGCUGAGGGGGCUUCCGGCGGGAGGCAUCUGGAGUGGACCCCCUUGACUCACUUGAGCAGCUGCUGGGGCUUUGAUACAGACUAACACGGCUGCUACUCUGAAAUCCGAUCCUAUGGUGACACAGGCUGUAUAAAUACCUGCUUAGAUGCAGUUUACCAGGUGUCCCAGAAAUCGAAGCAACAGCUGGAGGUCAUGGAAGUGGAAAAUAUAAUUCUGUCAGACACCAUGGAGCAGCUGACAACUGGUCUGGGGUACAACUGCAGCACGUGUGACAUCGACUGGGUCCAGCGGGUAGCCAGAUGUUACUUGCUGUCUGAGAAAGAUAAAACCUGGCAGGAGAGCAGAAACGCUUGUGCUGCAAUGUCAGACAGUCUGGUGAAGAUAGACACCCACAAGGAGCUAGUCCAGAGCCACCUCCAGAGUAAUGGCAUUCCUGAAACGCGAGACCUCCAAGCGGGCUGCAUAUGCCACGGUCAACAGCACUUCUUCAGGUUCUGGACAGGGCUGAACUACGACAACGACAUCGGGAACUGGAUGUGGGCUGACGGCUCCGCCUUCUCCUUCCAGCUGUACGUCUCUCCUUGCUCAUCCAGGGGCACUGGUCGAGCUCUGUGCCAGCUCUGAAUGGGGUGGUUCCUCCCCUGUCGAUGGAGAAACCAUUCAGAGCCGACCCCUCAUUUUCCACUGGGACGUUCUGGUCAUUGGCAAAUGGCUGUUGCGGAAAAUUAUAAUUCUUGUCAACACUCGCCAAUGGAAAUGAAAAAAACUUUUGAUAAAAACUUUGAUAAAAAGUUUGAUAAAAACUUUCAGCGUUCAGUAAAAGGUUUUGGUUUUGAGAAAGCAGACAUUUUUAUCCAAGGCUGAAAAUGUGUACCCAAAACAAUGUUGGAAAACCAAGCCAAAGCAAAACAAAAACUGGGAGAGGACAUUUUGGUUUUCCAUCAAAAAAUCCAUGUACAGGAAAUGUAAAAAACCCACAAUUUAAACAAAUGUCCCCAAGGGAAAUAAUGGGCAUUUUCUGAGCAGCUCGAGCGACACCAUCUGCCUUUGCAAAGCGCUUUGGGACCUUUGGCUAGAAAGGGCCAGGCAUCGGUUAUUACUAGUGUCCCCGCGCCGUCCCCAUCCAGGAGGUGGCUUCGUGCAGAGUCUUCCUGACACUAGACAGCUGUUCACCAGCCCCCAGUCCCUGCCGCUCUCUUUGUCUCCUACCUGGCACUGAGACGUGUGGUGAUGGAGGGGGCUGUGUAAAAACUUAGCAGAGACCUAGCUGGGGACUGACUCACCAGAGCCUGGUCCUGCGUGUCAGGCAAAGUGGGUGUUAAAUAGUAGCGUUCAGAUGUGGUUUUCCUCCCACUUUGCACAGGGGUCAGUGAUGACCCAGGUGCUGGGCAGGGGAGACUCACCAGGACUGUCCGUCUGGCCCCUCUUGUUUAUGCACUACGGUGAAUGCACUUUGAAGACAAUUCUUACCAGUGCAGCCGAGAAAGGGUAAAUGCCCCAGCCUGUGGCUGUCCCCCCAGGGCUUUGUGGGUUGUGCUUGGCAGGUUCCAGGUUGCAGAAGCAGCUGGCUGCGUGUACAUGCGGGAGGGGGACAUCCACACGCAGAGCUGCACCAAAUGGGAGGUUUAUAUCUGCAAGAAGCCAGCCAGGUUUGGCAGCAACUAAGCAGCCGGGCAGGUGUGGAAGGUGUCUGUGGAUCUACCCCGUCCUGGCACCUUGCAGGCGUCACACUCAGAUCCUGUUCAGCACAACCGCAUUGAGCGCAGUGGGGACGCAUGGCCAGGAGCCUGCUGCCAAGUUCUCCCUGUCACCUUCAGUUAAGGGUGUGAGGACAACACUUGUAAGUUGCUCAGUUAUUGAUCAUGUAUGAGGUAGUAAAUAAAAUGCUGGUGCUAAAGG